AUGCCAGUCAGCAAAGAUAAUCGUACGCUCGCCAUACUCAAUGCCGCUGCCGCAGGCAACUACGGCGUCAUGGCCGCAAUCGCCUAUAAUGUUGAGCAACUCACAGCUCUCGUUCGCGCAGCCGAGUCAAGAAAAUCGCCCCUCAUCAUCCAACUCUUCCCGUCGACCCUCAAACAACUACCCCUCCUCGCGCAUGCGGCUGCGCACGCCGUGAAGACCGCCACAGUACCCCUCUCUCUACACAUCGACCACGCGCAAGAUGUCGAGCACAUUCGGGAAAUCAUCGCGACACUCCCUGUCGAUUCAGUCAUGGUGGACAUGUCACAUUAUGACGAGGCUGAGAAUCUAGAGAAGACGAGGAUAUUGACCAAAGAAUGCCAGGACAAGGGUAUCGCAGUAGAAGCAGAGAGCGGACGGAUAAACGGUGGAGAGGAUGGUAUUGCUGAUACGGGAGAUCUUGAAGCACUCUUCACAUCCCCCGAAGACGUCGACAACUUCAUCGCCGCAGGCGUCGACAUUCUCGCCCCUUCAAUCGGCAACGUCCACGGUGACUACGGCCCAGCUGGACCGAAAGAAGGUCAACUACACUACGAUCGCCUCGAAGCGAUCGACAAGCAAAUCAACAAGCGCGUCCUCGUCGCACUACACGGUACCAACGACUUCCCGCCUGAGGUCAUGCAACGGUGCAUACGAUCUGGUGCUGUUAAGCUGAAUGUGAAUAAGUUGUUGCUGGAGCCGGGCAACGAGGUUUUGAGAAAGAACGCGCCAUCGACGCCGCUGGCGAAGUUGAUUGAUAUGCAGAUGGAUGUUAUACAGGAGGCGACGGAGAGGUGGAUGGAUAUCUGUGGGAGUAGUGGGAAGGGUGUUAAGGCGCCGUAG